AUGGAGGUUUGUGACUAUAUCGAGUUCGGUCUCCCCGGAUCCGUGCUGUACCGGGGAUUUCUCCUGUCCGACCCUCCCGCUUCCGGCGCCACCACCACCGCACCCGGCGUCGGCACCGCGUCCAACUUGGACGCCAAGAUCAGGAAUUCUCCGCAUUCCAUCAUUCAGUCUGGGCGAGGUCAGGAGGACACCACGAUCCUGCACCCGAUCUCCACGUGGAAUGACGUUACGAUUCGUCCUGCUGACGCAGCUUUAUCGCACGGCGACGGUGGAACCGCUCUUGAAGCGGCGCCGGGCCGGGAUGAUGGGCUUAUGGCGGGCGACAGCAUUGCUAUGGUUUGCUGCACGCCGCGCAACUCGUGGGUGCAAAUCGAGGCGGCUUGUAACGAGGCGUGUCAUCCGCUGCGCGUUCGUCAGGUGGACGGUUUACCCGCUCAUUACAGUCACAAUCUCGAUUGGAACCUCGGGAUCAUCCCGCAGACGUGCUCCUGCCGCCAAGGCGACAACAUCGAAGCGACUCUUCAGGCUGGAUCUGGCGAUGCUUGUACGUCGUGCGAAAACGCAUGCGACAAUGCAGCCAGUGACACGGCGACAUCCGCGACCAUGUGCGAUGGGGCGUGCGACACGCACAUGCCGUUGGAGGUGAUCGAAAUCGGGCGCGUGGAGGCUCGAGUGGGGCAGGUGUAUCCGGUGAAGCCGCUGCUCGCGUUCCACGUCGUCAGCCCCGACCUGAAAUCCUCCUGGAAGAUCGUGGCCGUCAACUCUUCGGAUCCGAUGGCUGCGGCGCUGCUAGACUCGCGAAGUGGUUACCCGGUUUGGUUGGAGGCGAAGCUGCACGAAAUUGUAGAGUGGCUCAAAUACUACAAGUGCAACACCGUGUUCGAUCCGCCGAGCACCAUCGCGGGUCGUGAGAAGCCAGCGCCCUUACAUCGCACCAUCGCCGCCAUCAGCGCCGCCCAUGCCGCCUGGACGCACUGCCACCGCUGCAGAAGCAGCAGCAGCAGCAGUGUUAUUCCCAUUGAUGGCCUCCCACUGAAGGAUCUGAGGCAGCUCGCAGAGCAAACAGCAUCCGCUGCUCUCACCAACGCAAUCUGCGAGUUCGCCCGCGUUCCCUUCUCCCAACCUGCCUCCGUGCCUGCCGCCGUUGCUGAUUGUGCUGCUAUUGCCGAGCCUGUGGCCCAGCAGGCUCGGAAGCAGCGCCGGUUCGGAAGGACAGGCUCGGAACCGGGCCGGUGUGUCAUGAGAAAGAAGAAGAUCUCAAUUAAGAUUGAGGAGCAAGCGGAUAACGUAAACUCUCCCUCCCCCAUGCGUCGCUCCUCCUCUUCCCAUCUGCGUCAACCCCUCACGCCCUCCCCCUUCACCCGCUCCGCCUCUGCGUUCCUGCGCCAACCCCUCACGCCUUCUCGUUUGCCACUUCCCCCCUUGCCGCCUCUCACCCCUCGUCGCCAACCACGCGCCUUCUCGCCCUCCUCCUCCUCCUCCUCUUCGCACAAACAAGCGGCCUCAAGGUCUGUGUUCUGCGACCUUGAUGAGUGUGAUGAAGCGGUGGGUCAAGAGGGGUUUCAAGCGGUGGAUCAAUUGCCCGAGAGAGGCGGGAGGGGACAAAGGGAGCUGGGUAAGACUCCCAAACCUGCCGUUGGUGCUGGUGCUGCUGGUGGUGGCGGCGCUGCUGCUGCGGCGGCGGCGGCGGCUGCGGCGGCUGCUGCUGGUGUUACUGCUGCAAGCCCACGGGACGCAAUGAAUGAAGGAGCUGACCGCAGCAGCCUGUCACCAAAGCAGACCGUGGGAGGUGCUGACAGUGGUGGUGGUGAGAGGAGCGGCAGCAAAGGCAGGAUGCUGAAAGCCGUGCUGAAGCUCUCUGUGGCUGCUGCUGGUGGUGCUGCUGAUGCGGAUCCUGAGACUAAUGCAGCUCGUACUGCAGCUGUUGCUGAUGCUGUUGCUGAUGCUGAGGCUGAGGCCGCUGCUGAUGUUGAUGCUGAAUUUGCUGCUGACCUUGACUAUCCUCUUGCUGAUGCCGGAGAGGCACUCUUCGGCCUCCCGUACUCGUCCAAUGGUCUCCAUGGUGACAUUUACGCUGACAGCACCAUGCCUCUUUCCGACAACACCGACAGCAGCAGCGCGGACGUGCUAGCUCGCUUCAAGCGUGCUCUCUCUGAAAACACCGAGCGAUCCCGGCCUCCUUCCGACGACAUUCUUCAUUUGGGCAGCAGCCCAAGUCUUCACGACAGCAACACUGAUGUAUCACGUGCCCGAGCUGGUGCUUUGAAAUCGGCUGAGAGGUGCGAGCAACCCUCUGCUGCUGCUGCUGCUGCUGCUGCUGCUGUUGAUUCUGAUAGUGCUACUGGGAGGGAGCAAUCCUUGCAAGAAAGGGAGCAGCAGCAGCAGCAGCAGGAGAAGGGAGAAGAGGGAGAAGAGCCGCUGCUACAGCUGAAGCUGCCACUGAACCUGCAAGAGCGGUUGCAGCAGGCAGCACAUGGGCAGGAAUUGCGGGAGGUGGUUCAAGGGCAGGGGUUGGGGCACGGCGGCUACGAGGCAGUGAGAGCCUCAGCAGCAGCGCAGCUGGCCCCCCUCAUUUGCCUCACCCCGCCCUUCCCUUCCCCAGUUGAUGCCUCCCCUUCCCCUGUGGAUGCCUCCCUUUCCCCAGCUAAUGCCUCCCCUUCCCCAAUUACCACCUCGUUUUGGCCCCUUGGCAGCAGCAGCAACAGCAGAAGCAGCAGCAGCAGAGAUAUCGAAUUCGUUGUUGCAGCUGGUGCUGAUGCCGAUGCCGCUCUCACCGCUGCUGCAUCUAUUUUCGCGGGGACAGCAGGAAUUGGAGAGAACAGUUUUGAGCUGUCUCAGAACCCGGUUACGGAGGCGGAGGAGGAGGAUGAAUGCACUUGCAUGCAUCAGAAGGGAACAGGGGGAGAAGAAGACUCGAUCUCAUGGGUCGACUCAAGCUACACCACCUUCUCUCAUCCCGGCGGUGACUCACGCUACUCCAAAAUCGAAUCUUCUUAUAAUGAGUAUGUUUCCGGUGGUUGUUCUGACAGUGAGGAGGAUCAUGGCGGUGGUGGAUGGGCUUAUAACGAAGCCCUUACCGAGUGUGUGUAUGGGGAUGAAGGGAGCAUGGGGAGCGGCUAUGGCAGGAGGGCACACAGGAGCAGCAGCGUAGGCACAAGGCUCUUUGUCCCCGGCCUUCCCCACUGGACCAAGCGGUCACUCCCUCGCUCGCUGCGCAUCUCCCGCUCGCUGCUCUCCUUUCAAGAGCGCGCCCUGCUGGAGCACCGCCAGGAGACUGCCCUUCUGCAGGGUACGGCAGAAGAGGUUGAUGAGAAGAGACAAGGAAGCAGGAGUGUGCGAGUGAAGAGUGAGAGCUCGCUGCUGUCAGCAGCAGCGGCGGCAGUGGCAGCGCCAGUGUCACCCGGCGAGUCGAUCCGGGCGGCCGUGGCGGUUUACUCGGCUUCCAGAGAGUUCUGGCGCCCCCCCUCCACCCCCAAGCCUGUGAAGCAAGCCAAGGCGUGCCUCCCCAUGUACUCCCCCCUUGUGCCGCCCAUCGGCCUGGAGAAGCUGAUCGAGGCCGGGACUGGGGCAGGUGGGACUGGUGGGUUUGCUGGCUUUGCCGGGUGGGGGUUGGGUGCAGGCUGGUGGGGUGCGAUAGAGGGAGUGGGGGAGGAGAGGAAAGAGGGGACGUGUGAUGCUGGGUGGCUGGGGUUUGAAGGGUUGGUGGAUGCGGCACGGGGGAUGAUGUGGGGGGGAGGAGGAGAUGAAGGUGGGGAGGGGGCAAAGGUGAUGGGGAAAGUAGGGAGUUUGGGUGCAGCUACAGGGAAGGAGGGUUUGAGAGACCAGAAAGAAGGGGGGGAGGCAGUGGAAGGCGAAGAGAAGGGGUUGACUGUAGAAAAGGAGGAAAAUAGUUUUGUCAUGGAGGUUUGUGACUAUAUCGAAUUCGGUCUCCCUGGAUCCGUGCUGUACCGGGGAUUUCUCCUGUCCGACCCUCCCACUUCUGCCACCUCCACCGCACCUGGUGCUGUUACCGCGUCCAACAAGUCUUCGUUUUCGCCUUCUUUAUCGCCGAAAUCUACCAUUCAGUCCGGGCGAGAUCAGGAGGACGCGGUGAUCCUCCACCCGAUCUCCACGUGGAAUGACGUUCCAAUUCGCCUUGCUGACGCCAAGUCAGCUUUAUCGCACGACGGCGGCGGUUUCACCCGUCCCGAAGCGGCGGAUCUGGAUGGGCUUAUGACAGGCGACAGCAUUGCUAUGGUUUGCUGCACGCCGUGUAACUCGUGGGUGCAAAUCGAGGCGGCUUGUAACGAGGCGUGUCAUCCUCUGCGCGUUCGCCAGGUGGACGGGUUACCCGCUCAUUACAGUCACAAUCUCGAUUGGAACCUCGGGAUCAUCCCGCAGACGUGCUCCUGCCGCCAAGGCGACAACAGGGAUCUCCAGUCUGGAUCUGGCGACAAGGCAUGCGACGCGGCGACAUGCGCGACCAUGUGCGACAAUACAUGCGACAGGACGAGCGGCAAGCCGUGCGACAGGGUGGGGGACACGCACGCGCCGUUGGAGGUGAUCGAAAUCGGGCGCGGGGAGGCUCGAGUGGGGCAGGUGUAUCUGGUGAAGCCGCUGCUCGCGUUCAUCGUCGUCAGCCCCGACCUGAAAUCGUCCUGGAAGAUCGUGGCCGUCGAUUUGUCGGAUCCGAUGGCUGAGACGUUGCUGGACUCGCGAAGUGGUUACACGGUUUGGCUGGAGGCAAAGCUGCGCGAAAUCGUGGAGUGGCUCAAGUACUACAAAUGCAACACCGUGUGUAAGUGGAGCCUCCAUUCUCGCAUGAACUAA